GUAGCCCGCACACAUUAUAUUUUUGGUUACAUACGAGAAUUUUUACCCCAGCCAAAUUAUUUUUUGUUUCAAAAAUUCAAACAUACAUCGUUAAAAAAUUUACUCCUAAUCGAUAAUUUCAUAAAUCACGAAAAUUAAUUUUAACAACUAUUUUCUUUCUACGUUAAAUUACGUAUCAUAUUAUAAAUAUUAAAAAAUAAUUCCAAUAUGUUUUUCAAUACUCGUAAAUACAUCUUAUUUCGCCAAUAAUAAAUUUUAUCCUACAAACGUUCCAUCAUUUCGAUGAUGUACGUAAAUUUUCAAACAAAUUCUCUUUUCUCAGUUAUAUUACACUUGUCGCAAGGACAAACGAAAUCUAAACGAAGUUAAUUUAAUUAUCUCGAUAUAUCAAGGUUGAUAAUUAAAGUAAUAUACACUUACAAUAAGUAAUAUAACGCCGAUUAAAUCGUUUCCCCUUCGUUUCUUUCUUUUUUUUUCUUUUUCGUAUUUUUUUCAAUCGAUUAUUUUUCAAUCGAUUUCACGAAUUCGAGCCUCAACUGUGGAUCGAAUCCAUGAUUCUCAUCCGGAUUGAAAUGAAACGCCAUCGCGCGUGACGCUUCUCUAGAAUUCAAGCGGCAAACGGAACGCAACGAACGUGGUCAGUUAUAAAGUGCCAAGACGCCGAUGUGUAUGAGGCCCCGUCGAGUACUGGCCAAGCAUGUCUGAUCAUUAAUUAACCUUCCAGCGGUUGAUUGCGUGUAACGCGAAAUUCAUCGCCAGCGUAGCCGCCGCCAGGCGCGGCUGCUGCCUUAACGAAUACAAAUGCGGAAUUAUAAUUCGGUGCCCUCUCCUUUAAGCCCAUUCAACAGACGAAGCCUUACGAAUUGCCUUUCCCCUUUUGUUGUUCCCCCAAACGCACGCGAGAAAUACGCGCACGAAACUGUAAAUAAACCGUGGUCGUUAGUUCUUAUUAAUGGAACGAUUAACCCUAUCAUCGAACCGCAAACAUCUGCGAACGAUGCGUUCGCAGGCAUUCGAGAUGCGUUACGCCAUCGGGAGCGGCAACAGUUUUUCUUCUUAGCGAUUUCUAUUCGAAAGCGUGGCUCGAGCUCCCUUAAUUUUUAUCGAUUAAACUUUACUGGUUGAUAAAAAUUAAAAAUUUAAUUUCUUCGAAACGAUAUCGACUUCGUUAUCGCCAGCUAGUUUUUACCCCAGCUAGCGUCUACUUAUGCGUGUCUAUUAGGUAUUCUUAAUUAACCGUGACGAUAAAAAUUGAAACGCAUAUUUUAAAGGCUUAUGAAAAUAAUAUGCAUGGUAUUUAUCAUAAAUUACACGUUUACGCAUGACACCAGGAACUGAGCGUUCCUCGCUAUGCUGUUGCCAGGACAACGCCGAGUGCUAUUGAGUCGAUAAAAUAAGCAGAUUGCUUUGCAACCUCUCUCUCGCAAGUGGAAUCAUCAUGCCCGAUCCGUUAGCACCUACCAUGGACAAUAAAUUAAACGAUUUGAACAAGAGAAUCGUGGAAAUCAAGAAAAAGAUCCAAUUAUCAGAGGGACAAAGGAAAGCGAAUUUCGAAGAAUACGAAGCUAAGAAGCAUGAAUAUGCGGAGAAAAUUACAACUCUCAAGCAAAGCAUCAAAGAACUGUACGUGGAGUACGCAAACACGCAGAACAACGAGGGGAAAUCAAGAGUUCGCACGGGGAGCGAGUCUUAUGGGAAAAAACGCAAUUUAGAUGAGACAAUCGCCAGGAUGCAGGAGGACAAUGUACGGUUAAGAAAGAAGCACGAUCUAAUUAAGUAUCAGCGCAACAAGCGGGAGCAGAGAUUGCGCUCGUUGCUGGACGAGUACGGCCGAUUGAUGAACAACAAGAUGCGCAAGAUAUUCAAGAGGAAGAUGGAGAAUCCGUUGAGAAACAAAAUCGUCAAGUUGGAGGUACGUUUGGAGCAUAUGAGGAUGAUGCAAAUUAAGGCGAAUAUAACGCGGAUGAGGUAUGCAUCGAUGUGCUCCGAUUUAAAGAGGAAAUCCGUCUUCUAUGCGUCUAUAUUGAAAAACUUGGAGGACGAGAUAAAGGAGAGGGAGAACGAGACGAAACGUCUUCAGGCAAGCGAGAAAAUUUCAAUGUUCAUCGUAUACAAAAAUAGCGUAUGAUAUGAUAAUAUAUA